UUAUUAUUUUUGUAUAUUUUCUACAGUAAUAUAUUUCUUUGUACAGUAAAAAAUGUACAUUUUUACACUUAUGGAUUAAAUGCAUAUUUAUGAGAGUUAUACAUACUCAAGCAUCCUUGUGAGUAGACAUGUUCUAGGAACUUUUUUGCCUGGUUUUCACCUUUGACUUGUCUGCAUGCCACCCUGUAGAUUAAAUCAAUUUAGUUAAUUUCUUUUCGAGGCUCUAUUCUGUUGUUCUGACACUCCUGAUAACCGGAAAGUCAGUAAAAAAGUUUUCUCUUGGUAUCCUGGUUCUUGUCACUGUUAUCACAGAUGAAACAUAGCUGUUUCACACUCAUUAUCUCAUUAAAUAAUCCCACUAAUUAUCUGAGUUAGCUGCACAAAUAAAAGCAUUUUAACAUGACAUAGUUUUAAUAGUAUGCUAAGAAUGUUUAGAUUAUGGAUUAGAUAUAAGAUUAUUCUGUUUAUCACACCGCUUUACACGGUACAUACAUAAACUGACAGAUUAUACUAUACCAAAAAGCACUUAAAAGGAAUUACAGAUUGCACCACAUCAACAUUUCUGUGGUCAAUAAUAACUCACAAAAGCCAGUGCAUAAAUGCCAAAGCCGAUACAAUAUUGUCAUUUCUAACACCAGCAAUCCCAGCCUGGGCAUGGGAGCCGUGUCCCAACAGUCCGGAGCUUUGGCUGGGACAGAUCCUGAGGGGGAAGGGACCCACAAACACCAGCAGAGUCCAGCUCAGCGCUGGAUUUCUCAGAAAUUACGGUGGUGUCUUGUUUUCCUUUCCUGGGUGUUUUUUUGCUGUAAAUGUGAAUAUUUUCUUCAGGUUCCCAUAGAACAGAAGAUGGAAGGAGGCUGUGGAUGGAGUGACAGGAGAUGGUGUAAAGAUUUAGGUGGAUAUUGGGAAGAAAUCCUUCCCUGCGAGGAUGGUGAGGCCCGGGUGCAGAUUUCCAAAACGAUAACCCGAGAGAGAUCCCUGAGCAAAAGAGCACGGAGGUUUUGAGUGCCUUCCUGAAUUCCCUUCCAUUUCCAGGUGUGUGGGGGAUGCAUCUUCCAGGUCUAAACUGGCAAUGGCAUUUCCCAUCUAAAAUAAUCCAACUUCCUUGAAUUUUUGUUAGGAAUUUUUCAGGAAAUGCUCCUGAGUCAGUGCUGUUUUAAUCUUUGCCCAAAAUGCAAUUUACGAGUGUUUUCUUUCCCUUAUUUCCGGCCUUUUGUCCUCCCAAGGGGAGGAAAACAGGGGAAAAAUGCCAGGGAUAAUGGAGAAAAACAGGGAAUCUGCCCAGAUCUUCCCAGAAAAUCAUUCUUCAUGGAAUCAGUUGGAAUUCCACAGCAAGUUUUUGUGACAAAACAUUCUGAAUUGUUUAAAACAGAACAAUAAUUAGAAUAUAAGAAGAGUAAUGAGACAAGUUCAUAUUCCCAUCAUUCCUGCUGGGAUUUCCUUCCUUUCCUCCUGGAUGAAUGGCAGAGCACUCAAAUUAAUGGGUUAAAUUCAGCAAUUAACAAGCAUUGUGGAAUCCCUGAUAAUUUUUCUGGAAUCUGAGUGUUUUUCCUUGGGUUUCCUCUCCUGGGUGAGGUCAGGUGUGACCAUGGUGAUGAUGGACAGGAAGGGAGGAAAUUCCAGACUCAGGAAUUGGAAAACUCCAUCUUCUUCCUGAUUUAUCCCAAAGAUCCAGCUCCCAUCCUGCUUUUCCCAAAAACAAUUGGGAUAAUUGGAGCCAGCAGUGGGUGACAUCACCUGGAGGUGCAAAGCCACCUGCUGGGACGUUCCAGCACUUUCCCUGGAAUGCUUUCCCUGCUCUUACCACCCUCUCCAGUGGGAUUUGAUUUUUCAAACCCCACUCCCUGGGAUUAAAUCAUUAAUUUAUUGCCCUGCAGGACUAUUAAUCAUCAUUCAUUUAUUUCCCCUUCCAAAGCCAUUCCAAUGCCCGGGGUUCCUUUAUUCCCAAACUUCCUUUAAAGCCAGGGAACCUCUGCCUGGAUCUUCCCAGAAAAUCAUUUUUUGUGGAAUCAGUUGGGAUUCUGUAGUGAGUUUUUUGUGGCAAAAUAUUUUGAAUUGUUUAGAACGGAAUAGUAAUAGUAAUAAUAAUAACAAUUAGACUAUAAGAAGAAUUUAGAAGAUCCAUGCUGAGCUGAUAAAGAGGAAGACUGGGAAAAAAAUGCUGGGAUAAUGGUGAAGACCAGGAAAAAAUUCCAAGGUAAUGAGGAAAAUCAGGAGAAAGUGCCAGGGAUCAUGAGGAAGAUCAGGAAAAAAUGCCAGAGAUAAGGGAGAAAAUAAGGAAAAAAUUGCCAGGGAUGAUGAAGAAAGCCUGGAAAAAAUGUCAGGGAUAGUGGAGAAAACCCAUGGAUAAUGGAGGAAAAAACACCAGGGAUAAUAAGGAAAACCAGGAAAAAAAUACCAGGGGUAAUGAAGAGAAUCAGGAAAAACGCCAGGACAAUGGAGAAACCCAGGAUAUUUUUACUGUUCAAUAUUCAUACAGAAAGCACUGGGGGUUUGAGCGAGUCCUUGUGUGAGGAGCGAAUCCCUCUCCAAAAAAUUCCAAAUUUCAGGAAAAACAGCAGGGAAAGGCUUCAGACCUUCCCUUCCUCGAGGCAAAUCAAAUGGAUCACACGGGAAAUUCAAGUUACGAGUUUUGCUGAUCUCCAGAUCUGUGACAGAGCAGCCUGGGAGUGAAAAUAAUCUCCAGAUCUGAUGUGCUGGAGUGAGAGGAAAGUGCUCAGCAUUGAGCAACGGGCAUGCAAGGAGCUCCUGGAAAAGCUGACAGCCAAAAUAUUUGGGAUUUGAUACCCCUUAAAAGGCUCAGAAUAAUCCAGGAGCAGGCAGGGCCUCUCCACAUUCCAGCUGAGAUCGAGGAAUAUCCCAUAAAACCCCCCAAUUUUUAACGAGGGUGGAAUGACUCCAAGCAGUGCUGCUGCAAUUACGGAGUGCUGACGAAGCCAUCCCAGGGCAGGUGACAUCAGCGGUGCUCUGGACAAACACCAAUUAACAAUUUAAUUAACAAUCAACCCCGUGUCAUUGGGGCUGCCUCGCAGGUGAAGCAAAAAGAUUUAUCCAAGGUUGGAAGAGAAAAGUUCCAAGAGUUUGCAGCUUCCCAGGUGGGUUUUUAAGGAAGUGGAGUUGGGAAUUUUGGGAUUUAUUGCCGUCGGUUUUGUGCUUCUGGUGGGUGGAAUUAAAUCUAUUCUUCUGAGUUUGUUGUUUGGUUUGUCUGGGAGAUUUUGGGUCUUUUUUUUUUCCUUUAAAUGUGCUGGGAAACGCUCCAGAUCCCCUUGGCCAACAGGAUGGGAAUGGGGACAAAAAUUGUGAAGGAUUUGUAGAAUUCUGCCUUUGUUUGGGUGAGAAAACACAGAAUCCCCCACUGCUUUGGCUCGAAGGCACCUUAAAGCCCAUCCAGCUCCAACCCCAGCACCUUCCCCUAUCCCAGGCCGCUCCACUGGUCUUGGACACUUCCAGGGAUGAGAUUUUUUGGGAAUUCUCUGCCAGGGCCUUCCAGGCAAGAAUUCCAUCCCAGUAUCCCAUCUCUGAAGCCAUUGCCUUUGUCCUGGCACUCCCAAUUCCUGAUGAAGCGUCCCUGAGGUCACAAACCCUUCCCGAUCCAUCUCUUCUGGGCUUUGUUUGGGGAUUUCUGCUGGCGCUGAUCAGACAGGUCCGACCAGGAAUAUUUGUGCUGUUCCUGUGCCCUCCUCGCUCUGGGUUACUCAUGGAGGAAAUGGGGCCUGGAAGUCACAUGGCAGCAUUUUUAUUCUUUGACUGAUGAGUAAAGAUUGUUUUGGGGCACAGAAAAAAAAAAUUAAAAGCAGGGGUUUAACAGCAAAAUUUAAGGGUUACAGGUUGAAUCCGGCACUUAAUGUAUGGAAACAAUGUUAAUAAACACCCCAGAGCAAACAGAGCCUGAGCACCGGGUGGGAUUUGGGCUCUCCCAAAUCAUUCCUGCAGGUUUGAAUGAAUCCAGAAUAUUUCACCUCAGCCAUUGCAUUGGCCUGGUGUUUUGGGAUUGCCUUCAGCAGCAUUUAAAGGCUUCCAAACAAUCUCUUUUUUCCAAGCCCCAACGCUUCCCCUCUAUCCAGACUAUUCCCUGCAUCCAGAGGAAGAUUCCUGUGUUCUUUAAAGUUUGCACAGAGCUUCAUUUGCAAUUCCCAACUCCUCCACAGACAGAGCUGCUGUGGGAGGAAGUGGGGAAAUCCUCUAGAUGGAAAACAUGGAAUUGCAGCUGGAUUUAUCCCAAAAAAAAGCCCCCGUCGGGUUGGGAGAGGAACGCCAGCUGACACAGGCAUUACGUAAUCACCAGUUUUAAUUAGGAUUUGCUAAUGACUGUUUUGCCCUUGCGCAGUCGGUUCCCGGUUUCUUCAUCCCCUCCUUCCCUCGGUGCCACACUGGAGCACCUCUUCCUCUUGUUGACAUCUGCUCCAGUUCCCAGCUGAAGUUCCUGGAUCGAUUAACCCCUGGGAAUUGCUGCCAAGCCUUGGGAAAGUUCUGGGGACCAUUCCAGGAGUCAGGAGUGCUUCCCCCCUCUUUUUCCAGGAGUUGGAGCCACUGCUUGGGGAAUUUUUUCUUCAUCCAGGACGCAGCGAUGGUGCCUGUCAUUCCAGGAUGGUUGCACCUUGCACGUCUGCGGAGCAAGAAGGUUUUGGUGUUCUCCAACCCCUGCCAGCCCUGAUGGCCUCGGAAUUCUGACAGAUCCCACUGGAUCUGAUCAGAGAUUGGAGCCUGGAGCAGGAUAAAAACCCAUCCAGCAGGAUCUCACCCUGUGAAUAUUUGGGAUUUGAGGGGGUGACAGAUCUGGAGUGGGGACACGGUGCUGAUGAAGAGCUGUGAGUAAAGAAACAAGAAGAGGAAGAGAAUCAAAAAAACCCCAAAACCCCAGGAAUAGUUAUUCCAGAGGGAUGCCAGGAGCAGCUGCAGCCACCUUCCUCAGCCAGGAGGACACUUAGAGGAUGGAGCCACCGCGAGGAGAAGCGCGGCAGGAAGGGCUGAUCGAGUUCUACAGCUCCUUCAGGGAGAUGUUCGAGUUCUUCUGCAAGAACACCACGAUCCACGGCACCAUCCGCCUGGUGUGCUCCGGCAGCAACCGCAUGAAGACGGCGUUCUGGACGCUGCUGCUGCUGGCCAGCUUCGGGAUGCUCUACUGGCAGUUUGGCCUCAUGUUCCGCCAGUUCUGGGCCUACCCCGUGGUGCUCACCAUGUCCAUGCACUCCGAGCCCAAAAUGUUCCCAGCCGUCACCGUCUGCAACCUGCAUCCCUACAGGUUUGAGCUGGUCAGCGAGCACCUGGAGCAGCUGGACCGGAUGGCAGCGGAAUCCAUCACCUUUUUGUAUGGCAUCAAUGCCUCAGCCAGGCUAUUCCAUGUCAAUGCCAGCAAAAUCCAGGGAACAACAGGAAAAUCCACGGGAACAACGAGAAAACCCGCCACAAAGACAGGAAAAUCCAUGAGAAGGACAGGAAAAUCCGCAUCAAAGACAGGAAAAUCCGCAGGAGUGACAGGAAAAUCCAGGAGAUGCAAUUCCACAGGUGGGAAUUGUUUCUACAAGACCUUUUCCUCGGGCAUGGAUGCCAUCCUGGAGUGGUACAGGUUCCACUACAUGAACAUCAUGUCCCAGCUGCCUGCCAUCAUCAACAUUUCCCAGCACGAGGAGCCCAUCGAGGACGUGGUUUACUCCUGCCAGUACAACGGGGAGCCCUGCAGGCCCAGUGAUUACGAUCACUUCCACCACCCAGUUUUUGGGAGCUGCUACACUUUGAACAGCAAGGGGACAGAUCCCUUCUGGACAGCCACCAAACCAGGAAUUCCUUAUGGGCUGUCCCUCAUCCUGCGGGCCGAGCAGAAGGAGCACAUCCCGCUGCUCUCCACCGCUGCCGGUGUCAAGGUGAUGAUCCACAGCCACAACCAGACCCCGUUCCUGGAGCACGAGGGCUUCCACAUCCGCCCGGGCAUCGCCACCACCAUCGGCAUCCAGCAGGACGAGGUGAAUCGCCUGGGUGGCAAUUACGGCAAGUGCACCACCAACGGCGCCGGCGUGGCCGUGGAGCUGCUCUACAACAGCUCCUACACGCUGCAGGCCUGCCUGCACUCCUGCUUCCAGCGCUGGAUGCUCCGCGAGUGCGGCUGCGGCUAUUCCCGGUACCCGCUGCCCGCCGGGAGAGCGCAGCACUGCGACUAUGGCGCGCACCCGGCCUGGGGGCACUGCUUCUACCAACUGUACCGCCGGCUCCGGAGCCACCGCCUGGAUUGCUUCCAGCAGUGCCCCAAGCCCUGCAGGGAAUCCCUGUACAAGGUCUCAGCUGGCACAGCCAAGUGGCCCUCAGCAAAAUCCCAGGACUGGGUUCUGCAGGCUCUGAGGCACCAGAACGGAUACAACUCCAGCAGCAGCAGGAAGGAGCUCGCCAAGGUCUCCAUCUUCUACCGGCAGCUGCGCUCCCAGGCCCUGCAUGAGGCCCCGCUGCUCUCGGAGAACCUGCUGCUGUCCAGCAUGGGGAGCCAGUGGAGCCUGUGGUUCGGCUCCUCGGUGCUGUCGGUGCUCGAGGUGCUGGAGCUGCUCGCCGAUGCUCUGGUCCUGGCCCUGCUCUGCUGCUUCCGCCGGCUCCGGGCCUUGGAGCGGCCCCCGGCCCCGGAGAGCUCCGGGGAGCGGCAGGAGGAGCCCCGGGAAGGGCAGCAGGGAGCCCGAGGAGCGGGAAUGGGGCUCCCACGGCACCCGGAGCUGGAGCUGGAGGGGUUCCAGAGCAGCCGGGAGCUGGGACCGGAGUGAGGAACUGAGACCUGGAAUUCUCCUGAGGCUGGGGAAGGUGCCAGGGACAUCCUGGAUCCACAGCUGAGCAUGGAAAUGCCUGGAAUUCUCCUGAUCCUGCUGGAAGGGUGCCAGGGAUGCCCUGGAUCCACAGCUGGGAGCUCUGGCAAUGCUUGGAAUUCUCCUGAUGCUCCUGGAAAAGUCACAGGGAUGUCCUGGAUCCUCUCUGGGAGCUCCCUGAGCAUGGGAAUGCCUGGAAUUCCCUUCAUGCUGCUGGAGACGUGCCAGGGACAUUGUGGAUCCACAGCUGAGCAUGGAAAUGCUGGGAAUUCUCCUGAUCCUGCUGGAAAUGUGCCAGGGACACCCUGGAUCCUCUCCUGAGGGUGGCAGUGCUUGGAAUUCUCCUGAUGUUGCUGGAAAAGUCAGGGAUGCCCUGGAUCCACAGUUGGGAGCUCUGGCAAUGCCUGGAGUUCUCUUGAUCUUGCUGGAAAAGUCACAGGGAUGUCCUGGAUCCUCUCUGGGAGCUCCCUGAGCAUGGAAAUACCUGGAAUUCCCUUAAUUCUGUAGGAAAGGUGCCAGGGAUGUCCUGGAUCCACAGCUGAGCUCCCCCAGCCCCUCCAGGUUCCCACUGCACAUCCCUGGAUCCUGCAUCCCGAGGUUUUGGAUCCCAGGGAACGCCUGGGCAGGGGGAGCUGUGCUCUGGGAGUCCUGGAAUCCUCUCCAAGGGCUGUUCCCAGCUGGAAUUCCCAAGCCCUGGUGAGGAGCUCACUCUGAGGCCGGGCCGGGCCCAGCCAGGUUUCACCGAGGGAGGGAAUUCCAGGAGAAUCCAAGGAUUGUGUGGGAUGGGAAUGGGCUUGGAAUGGGAUAGGUUUAACCCUUCCAAUCCCAAACCAUUCCCUGCCCCUGGGAUUCACAUCCAGGGUUGUCCUGAUCCUGCCUGGAAUUCCCAAACACCUCCUGGGCUCUGAUCCCAGAAUUCCUAAACACCUCCUGCCCUUGGGCUCUGCUCCCACCUGGAAUUCCCAAACAUCUCCUGCCCUCUGAUCCUGGAAUUCCCAAACAUCUCCUGCCCUCUGAUCCUGGAAUUCCCAAACAUCUCCUGCCCUCUGAUCCCAGAAUUCCCAAACAUCUCCUGCCCUCUGAUCCCAGAAUUCCUAAACAUCUCCUGGGCUCUGAUCCUGGAAUUCCUAAACACCUCCUGGGCUCU